AUUAAAUCAUGAGUCAAGACUAUAUAUAUACGGACAGGGACGCCUCAACAGAUCUCAUUCGUAAAACACAUCACCUAAAACCCAUCCAACGGCUGUAGAUAGUCCCUUUUUACGCCUCCGAUUCCGACCAAUGUAAACUCUUUCGACAUUUCCGAGUCCAAAGUCAAAUAUUCAAACCCCUCUAUAAAAAAACAGUGGGCAGUAGAAGAAGCUAAAAUAGCAGACACAACACAAAGAAGCAGAAAGAAGAUCAUAGAAAAUAUGAGUACCAUGUCUCACAAAAACGUGACCAUCGAUCCGAGAAGUGGUUUCUGCAAAUCGAAUUCUAUCUUCUACAGCAAACGGAAGCUGUGUCCGCACCCACCCAAUCAUUCCCUCGACGUCACCACUUUCAUAUCGUCCCGGGCCCACCAUGGCAAGAUCGCCUUCAUCGACGCCUCCACGGGCCGCCACCUCACCUUCUCUGAUCUCUGGAGAGCCGUCGAUUCCGUCGCCACGUGUCUCGCCGAUAUUGGCGUCAGAAAGGGCCACGUCAUCCUCCUACUGACUCCAAACUCUAUCUACUUCCCCGUCGUGUGUUUGGCUGUUAUGUCCAUCGGCGCCGUAAUAACCACCACGAAUCCCCUCAACACCACCAGAGAAAUCGGCAAGCAAGUUGCCGAUUCGAAACCGAUCCUCGCUUUCACGACUCGCCAACUCGUCCCCAAACUCGCCGAGUCGACUCUCCCUAUCGUACUCCUCGACGAAGACGAGCCUUCACAGCAGUAUGUUAAAAGCGCGAAAAUCUUAACCACUUUGAGUGAAAUGUUGAAAAAGCAGCCGAGUGAGAGGCGAGUCAGGGACCGAGUCAACCAGGACGACACGGCGACACUGCUCUACUCUUCCGGCACCACCGGAGCCAGCAAAGGCGUGGUGGGCUCGCACAAGAGUCUGAUAGCGAUGGUCCAAAUCAUACUUGGACGGUUCAACUUAACCGAAGGGGACCACAGGUUCAUCUGCACCGUCCCUAUGUUUCACAUCUACGGUCUAGCAGUGUUCGCUUUGGCACUGCUCGCAUCAGGAACAACGGUCGUGAUUCUCUCCAAGUACGAGAUGCACGAUAUGCUCUCAGCUAUCGAGAAGUACCGAAUCACGUACCUCCCGCUGGUGCCGCCAAUUCUAGUGGCGCUGGUGAACGGUGCCGAUCAGAUACGGUCGAAGUACGAUUUGAGUUCGCUGCAGUCGGUUUUGUCAGGCGGAGCUCCGCUGAGUAAGGAGGUGAUAGAAGGGUUUGCGGAGAGGUAUCCGACGGUGACUAUUCUUCAGGGGUAUGGGUUGACGGAAUCGACGGGAGUUGGGGCUUCUACGGACUCGUUGGAGGAGAGUAGGAGGUACGGUACGGCGGGGUUGUUGUCUCCGGACAUGGAGGGUAAGAUUGUGGACCCAGAGUCCGGUGAGGCGUUGCCGGUGAACCGGACCGGUGAGCUUUGGCUCAGAGGUCGCUCUAUCAUGACAGGUUAUUUUGGUAAUGCAGAAGCAACAGCAAAUACUCUUGAUGCAGAGGGAUGGUUAAAAACUGGAGACCUCUGCUACAUUGAUGAUGAUGGCUUCAUUUUUGUGGUUGAUAGGUUGAAGGAGCUGAUUAAGUACAAAGGAUAUCAGGUCCCCCCAGCUGAACUAGAGGCCUUAUUACUGACUCAUCCAGAAAUCCUGGACGCUGCUGUCAUACCAAUUCCUGAUAAGGAGGCUGGACAGUGUCCCAUGGCAUACGUGGUACGAAAAGCGGGAAGUAGUUUAUCUGACAGUGCAAUCAUGGAGUUCGUUGCAGGACAGGUGGCUCCAUACAAGAGAAUCAGGAGAGUGGCAUUUACAACUUCUAUACCCAAAAAUCAGUCUGGAAAGAUUCUUAGGAAAGAUCUGAUACAACUUGCAACCUCCAAACUUUGAAUUGUUUGGUCCCAGUAGCAGCUCCAUUUCUCUGGCUAAUUCCAAAUCCACGUUUGUAGCUUCCUAUUUUGGUAAUAAUUGAGGUUAAUUUAUGCUUCUAUUUUCUGUAAGAAGUCGACUUGGUUAAAAUAGAAAAGCCGCACCUACAUUUGUGGGACAUUCUGUAACUUCCCAAUUGGGAACUCUACAAAAUGGUAAAUUAUUGUGUUUGUGGACC